AUGUGGAAAGGCCUUCAGGGUAUAUCUGUCAUUAUUUUGAUGAUUUAUCAUGCUUUUAUUCAGGUUGGUGCAUCGAUAUGGGCUAGUAAUAUUGGGAGUGAACACUUCGUUGGGCUUGCUGGCGAUGCAGCCGUGGCGGGGAUUUCGCCGGCGGCUUUCGACCUCAACGGAUUGUCGCUGCUGCCAUUAAUGGCGUACAUGUUUGUCCCUGUUUACAUCGCAGCUGGGGUAUGCACUCUACCGGAAUAUAUGAUGAAGAGAUUUGGGAGUCAUCGAAUCCGUAUUUACCUCGCCUGUAUGUCUAUCUUCCUUUACAUCGUUUCCAGGAUUUCAGUUGAUUUGUAUUCCGGGGCGCUAUUCAUUACGCAAGCUUUAGGAUGGAACCAGUACGUUGCAAUCGGGAUCCUUCUCUUGUUUGUAGCGAUUUUCACUGUCACAGGGGGAUUGGCUGCCGUCAUAUACACGGAUACCGUACAAAUCUUCAUCAUAAUCGUCGGUGGAAUUAUCCUUAUGGUAUUGAGUUAUGGUCAGAUUGGUAGCUUCGAGGAACUGAAAAUCAAAUAUUUCCAGGCGAUUCCGAACGCCACGCUCCAAAACCCUAACUACACCUGCGGCAUCCCUGCAGAAGAUUCAUUCCAAAUGCUGAGAGAUAUCAGUCCUUUCACGUCUAGCUUCCCUUGGUUAGGAUUCCUGAUAGGACAGACUCUGUCAUCCCUCACAUACUUUUGCGCAGAACAGGUGAUGGUCCAGAGAGCCUUGGCAGCGAAGAGUCUCUCACAUGCCCAGGGUGGAUGCCUCUUCGCUGGUUUCUGUAAGAUAUUACCCCUCUUCAUGACAGUCAUACCAGGGAUGAUUGCAAGGGUUCUUUACACAGAUAUUGUAGCCUGUGCCUCACCGGAGACGUGCAUGGAAGCCUGCGGGAACCCUAAGGGGUGUAGUAACACUGCCUACCCUACCCUCGUCCUCGGCAUUAUGCCUGCUGGUCUUCGAGGGGUUAUGCUUGCCGUAAUGCUUUCCGCCAUAGUCAGUAGUAUGACAUCACUACUGAAUAGCAUCAGUACUCUCUUCACAGUGGAUAUAUGGAUGUUUAUCAGAGAGAAAUAUUACAACACCAAGCCAAGCAAUAGAGAGAUGAUGAUAGUCGGAAGGGUGAUUGUACUUCUGAUGACUGCUCUGAGCGUUCUGUGGAUCCCGGUCAUUGAUCUAUUACAAGGAGACAACCUACUCAAGUAUUUUACUCGUAUCCAGGGCCGAGUCACGCCCACCAUAGCAGCCGUCUACAUCCUCGCUGUCCUCUGGCCGAGAGCCAAUGAAAAGGGAACAUUUUGGGGAUUGAUGAUAGGAGCAUUAGUCGGUUUCAUCCGGUUAGUCCUAGACUUCACCUAUCCGGAUCCGUCUUGCUGGGACGAGGAUACUCGGCCAAUGGUGGUCAAAGUGCACUAUUUCUACUUCAACAUGAUUCUCUUCACUAUCGUGUUCGUCUCUGUAAUCGUCAUCAGUCUGCUGACCGAACCGCUGCCCAAGUAUCGGGUGAUCAGGACGACUUUCUUCACUCGAUACCAAAAGCAGAAGCGACCGGAUGAGAAGGAGCUCGACGGGGAUACAAAUGAAGAGAGACGCCUGGAAGACAAAGACUACAAGAUGUUACCAGCAGAGGAGGUCAAGAAUGGACAUGUCUUCAACGAAGAGCCACCACCACCACCACCGGAGCUCCGGAAGCGAAUACUAGCCUGGUUCUGCGGUUACGGCGAAGACACGGAAGAGGGCCGGCGGUUGGCCCGAGAACAAGAGUUCCACAACCGCAAAGUCGGAACCCUUGAACAGGACCCGAGGGCAAAGAAGUUCCUGUAUUUCUGCAUGGUACUCCUAUUGGCUAUCGUCACAUUCAUGUACACAUUCUUCUCUUUCGAUUGGAUCUGAUACCCGUCGCUCUGUAUAAUCAUUAAAAAAUUGACAAGCAAAAAACAAAAAAAUAAACGGUCUUCACUUUCAAGGGGGGGGGGGGGGGGGCACGGGCCUGCUGUGCCCCUGUCUAUUCAUUGAGACAUAAUUGAUUAUGCAAAUCCUUUACCGUAAUUUUUUUGUUAUGGGAUUUGAUGGGGGGGGGGGUGGGCUUCAAUAUAAGUAGGCGAAUUUUUACAGCAAUUCUUGAAUAUCUUUCUCUCUUUUUGAAGACUCGGGUGCAUCUUCAUAUGACACAGUCAUUUUAGUCCACACCGCUUGGAAUGUUUGAGGUAUUUCAUUGAAAUGUUCUGGACAAAAUGAUGUUGUACUAUGCUGCAUUUUUGCUUUGCUGCAUUUCGUUUUCAUUUAAAAUAUAUAUGUAUAAUGUUGUGGAUAUGCAUGGGCUUUAAUGUGGUUUUUCUAGGGGUAGCCAUAUGUCAUUAUAACUAAUAAAUACACACUUGUACCUACCAUGAUGACCCAUACGUUUACAAAGAGCGUGGUCGAAUCUCUGUGAUAGUCUUUCCUUCUUUCUUUUUUUCUUUCUUUCUUUCUUUCUUUUUUUUUCUUUAUUUCUUUCUUUCUUUCUUUCCUUUUAAUUCAAGAAAAAAAAAUCGUCAUUUUUUUAUAAAAUGAACAAACAAAUAACGAAUCAAAUUAUGUUAUAAAACUCUUUGCAAAUAUUCUUUUUAUAUGUUUUCUACAUAACAUACAAUAUUUUAUAUAAAAUGGAAGAAAACUAGUGCUGCUUACUUCAUCUCUGUGAUAGUAAAUGUUUUUGACCGAAUAUUAAAAAAAUAUAUAUGUAUUAUGCUUACAAUAUAAGCAUAAUACAAACAUUUCUUUAAAGCAUAUUAUCCUUUUUCAUAUCUUCCCCACCCCUCUCUUUUAUUCACCCGCUUGCUUUCCCCCUUUCUCUCUCAUCUUUUGCAAUACCUUUUUUCAAUACUUUUUUUGGCAAACAAACAAAAAAAUAAAAAAAAGGCUAAUUUUGUUGUUUGUUCUGUGUGCUCUAUUAGUAUGGAUUAAUUUACAAUAAAAAUUAUUGUCCCAUCUUUGUCUGCUGGACUGAUUUCUAUAUUUCAUCUAAAACAACGGUCUAUAUUGUGCAGUGAUGUAAUCAUGCCGCUAUCUUAGAUGCUCAAUCCGUUGCCUAUAGUGGUGGUCUGUUGCAGCUGGCGCAUCUCUGGCAACUCACUUUAUGCGUAUUCCUACGUCCUCUGAGGGAGGGCGCUAUGGAAUUAUGACGUCAUAAUGCAUAAGGUCUAUUUGGGUUUGAUUUACAUUUGAAAGCAAAGAAUCCAAAAAGAUUUUGGUGAAGAGCCACGUUAACACAGUACUCUGAAUAUACUUCCUAUUAAAGUGAACUGUUUUGAUUUUGAAA